CUAUCGCAGUGUUUUUAUUCGAGUCAUCAUAUUGUGGCUUUCACAAAGAAUGAGUAUUUCUAUUCCAGUAGGCGUCCUUACUGAGGUAAAUGCCAUUUGACUUUUAAAGAUUAAAUACUCCUAUGUUUUGUUCACAUGACGGAUUUAUUCUGAAGAAGCUGUAGCGGAAGUUCUCAUUCUGUCGCUGUAAGUGAGGAAGCGGGAAAGGAGCCAGCAAGUUGGAGAGAAGAGUUAGAGAAAGAAUGGAAAGUGCUGCCAUUGACGGUUUAAUCUUGAAGCUCCACGACGUGAACGCGGUAAAGUUUGGAGAAUACAAACUAAAGAGUGGUUUGCUGGCACCUAUUUAUAUCGACCUGAGAGUGCUCGUGUCCUACCCUGCUCUGAUGAACCAGGUGUCAAGUCUCAUCUACCAGCGAGUGCAAGAAGAGGGGCUGCAGUUCGAUUCUGUGUGUGGGGUUCCUUACACAGCCUUGCCAUUGGCCACAAUUAUUUGCUCAAGACAUGAACUGCCGAUGCUCAUCAGGCGAAAGGAGGCCAAAGACUAUGGAACCAAACGGCUGGUGGAGGGGUCGUUUCGUGAGGGGGAUACGUGCCUGAUCAUUGAGGACACAGUGACUAGUGGAAGCAGCAUCCUGGACACUGCUGAAGUGCUCUACAAAGAGGGACUGAAGGUGACGGAUGCGAUCGUACUAAUGGACAGAGAGCAAGGUGGUGUGGAGAUGUUGGCCUCAAAGGGAAUCAAGCUCCAUCCCAUCAUCUCCAUGUUCAAGCUGCUCAGUGUGCUGCAGGCAGCUGAACGCAUCGACGCCCAAACUGCCCAAAGUGUUCGCAACUUCAUCCAGGACAAUAACACUUUCAGCCCCAAGAAUGGCAGUGACGGCCCUGCCAGCAAGAAGCCGUGUGUGGAACAGAAGCUGGAGCUGAGUUAUUCAGAAAGAGCUGAGUUACCAAAUAUUCACCCUCUAACAUCAAAGCUGCUGAAGAUUAUGGAGGAGAAGCAGUCCAACCUUUGUGUGUCUGCUGAUGUAACCAGCAGCGAGGAGCUGCUCCAGCUGGCUGAAUCUCUCGGUCCAAAGAUCUGCAUGCUGAAGACCCACGUAGACAUCCUCAAGGACUACACAUUAGCUUUUAUUCAGAAAGUGCAGGCCUUGGCAGAGAAACACAACUUCCUUAUAUUUGAAGAUCGUAAGUUCGCUGACAUCGGGAACACAGUCAAGCAUCAAUAUGAAGGUGGUUUGUACCAGAUUUCAUCAUGGUCCCACAUAGUGAACGCCCAUGCAGUGCCAGGGCCAGGAGUUGUGAAAGGUCUGAGUGCUGUAGGAAAGCCUCUGGGCCGAGGCUGUUUGCUCAUAGCCCAGAUGAGCUCCCAGGGAUCGCUGGCUACUGGUGAAUACACAAAGGCUGUGCUGCAAAUGGCAGAGGAGCACUCAGACUUUGUGAUUGGGUUUAUCUGUGGCUCUAAGAUUACAAAGAGGCCAGAGUUCAUCCACAUGAGCCCUGGGGUGCAGAUGCAGCCGGGAGGAGAUUUGCUUGGCCAGCAGUACAGCACUCCAGAGGACGUUAUCUACAACAAAGGCUCUGAUGUCAUCAUAGUGGGACGAGGUGUUUUGGAGGCCUCUGAUAGGGUGGAAGCUGCAGAGUUGUACAGAAAGUCAGGCUGGGAUGCUUACGUAAAGAGAGUGGGCCAGAGUGGCAUUUAAAUCACUGUGUAAUUUGAAUUUCAAAGUGCAACUCUAAUAAGGACUUUUGCAGAUAAGCAAAGUAGGCAGCAUGUAAUGGUAUACAUGGCAUCACGUUAUGUAUGUCCAUCUGGACAUUACACUGCCACAUCAAAAUGUGCACGAGUGUGGAGGAGUCAUACACAUUUUACUGUUGAUCUGCUGCUUUAAAUGCAUUCUCAAACCUGUUAAUAAGCUGCAUUAAAUGUUUUUGAUUCAUUCCUUUUAAGAUGUUGGACAACGUGAACUGAUUUCUAAUCUCAGUGAUUUAUCUGUCCAGGUUUAUGUAAUUCUUUCAAAAUGAAUUGAGGUAAUUUGUCAUGUCCAGGCAAAGAGUUUCAAAUGGAGAUUCACUUGAAAUAGUUUGGUGGUACAGCAGGAAUACGACAAAGAUUACAUCUUCUAGUUUUCUCUUUGUCGCAAAGCCACCAUCCCCUUGUAUGUUGUUGUGUAACUGCUAAAAUGCUAGCUAAAAAUGAUAGAAUAUUUAGUUGUGGUGGUUAUCACUGUUGCCUCCUGGGUUUGAAUUCGCAGACCAGCAGGGGUUCUUCUGUGUGCAAUUUGCCUGUUUGCGUGGGUUCUGAUUUCCUCCCACAGUCUAAAAACAUGCAUAGGGUUAGGUUAAUUGGUGCUAUUUAAAUAAUCUGUGGGUGUGAGUGUGAAUGGUUUUCUGCAAUGGCCCUACAAUGGGGGAGAUCUCUCCAAGGUGUACCCUAUGACAGCUGGGAUAGGCGCCAAGCCCUGUGAGGCCCUGACUUGGAUAAGUGUAACAGGAUGGAUGGAUGGGUAUUACAUAAUAUUUCAAGUAAUAUAGAUGUUCACAAACAGCAGAAAUACUGUGAGGCAACUUUUUUAACUGCUGAAAAAGCCAAGCAGUCUUUUCUUCACAGCUUCACAAUGUGUGAGCAUUAUGUGCUUGCUUCUGUAUGUACUGUAGGUGUAUUUCUAGCAAACAGGUUUUUGCAGCUAGUCACAGUGCAGAUCACAGAUUGAUGAUUUAAUUCUUUUGUUCAAGGGUGAUAUUUAAUUUGUAGGAUUUAUAGGUGUCCUAGAUAUAAUUUUUGAUCUGCUUGAUUGAAUACAGAUCCUUAACGAGAACAUGGGGAAAAUUGUGGACCAGUUAAACGGUGAUUAGUAACCUCAGAUUACUGUGACUUGGAUGAGGAUGAGGGAAGGCUGAACAGAGCUCAUCCCGGUCCUGAUUAGAUCUAUUGUCUGCCGUCCUUAUUUUAGAAUAAAUAAUGUUUAUAUAAACUUGUGACACUUCUUUCAAAGGACAUUAGCUAAAUUGUGCAGACAAUGCCCUGGAGCAAUGGCAGCUGCAGGGCUGCUGCAUGCAGUAAAGGGGAUUCAAAUUUGAGUCAGUGGUUUUGUUCUUUUGAUGCUUUUUACCUGUGCAGAUGGUUUUCACACCACACUGAAUUUCUUUUUGAGCAUACUGUAAGAUCUGAAUGAUCAUUAUUACAGUCACUAUCUUAUUAAGCAAGGCUGAAGAACUAUUUCUGGGAAAUUAAUGAUGUAUAUCACCUGUUUACAGUCAAAAGUUUAGCUGAUACUUGAUGAAGAGUUUUUUGUUUUUUUUUACAAUUUUUACUUCAAAGUAUUUUGGCCAGAACAGAAUUCAGGUUUGUAGAAACUUCAAUCAGAAAUACUUGAACAAGGCCAAGGGUAACACUGAGUUUCAUGAGAAUCUGAGCUGUUUGUGUUUUGUCUUUAACUCUUUCUCUUGAACCAUUAAAAGCUGAGAAAUACAACUAAGCUGAAU